AUGAUCAAUCACACGCCAAGUGCUAGCAAAGAAGGCUCCCAUAGAUGUGAUAUAUGCCUUAAGACAUUUAAACAAUUAUCACUUUUGGAAAAACACAUUAUUACUCAUAAGUCAGAACGACCUUUCAAAUGCCAAAUAUGUCUUAAGACGUUCAAACUAUCAAAAGGGUUAAAGUUGCACAUGAUUAUACAUUCUGAAGAAUGUCCUUUUAAAUGUGAAAUAUGCAAUAAGGCAUGCUGUCAAAAAAGUGAUUUAGCAAAACACAUGCUAAAACAUACAGGAGAACGUUCCUAUGCAUGCAAUUCAUGUGGAGACACUUUCGUGCAUCCAAGUGCUCUAAGAAGUCACAUGCGUAUUCAUACAGAAGAACGCCCCUUCAAAUGUGACAUAUGCACUAAAGGCUUCACACAAUUACUCACUCUAAAAAGCCACAUGUCCACUCACAUAGAACUUUCCCGUGAAUGCACAAUAUGCAAGAAAAUAAUAAAAAAAACGAGCUACCUAAAAACCCACAUGCUCAUUCAUACCGGAGAGCGCCCUUAUAAAUGUGAUAUAUGCAAUCUGGGUUUUGCACAAGUGGGCAACUUGAAUGCACACAAGCGCACUCAUACAGGAGAGCGCCCUUUUAAAUGUGUUAUAUGCAAUAAGGAUUUUAAAAAAGUUCGUUUCUUGAAGAAACACUGCGAAGUACUACACCCUCAUGAAUGCAAAAUUUGCAACAAAACAUUCACAGGACCGAGCGAUCUGCAAACACACAUGCUUGUUCAUUCUGGAGAGCGCCCUUAUAAAUGUGAUAUAUGCAAUAAAAGUUUUAUACAGGAAUGCAAUUUGAAGAACCACAUGGCACGGUUGCAUAUUAGGAAACAGGAUGCAGAUCAAUGA